AUGGCCGCAUCAGCGUGUAUUCAGUGGAUCCGCGACGAGCUCGAGGCCCACGGCGCGCUCGAGACGCUGAGUCCGCCGCUCGUGGACACGACGUCGCUGUGCGAGUUCGUCACGGACGGCCGCGCGCUGUGUUUGCUGACGAACGCCGUGCUCGAAAGCGAGGAGGACGAGCUGCCCAAGAAGCUGCGGCGCUCGCUCAAGCAGCAGAGCAAGUUCCACGCUCUCGAGCGCGUGCAGUUUUUCCUCAAAUGGUGCCGCACCCGCGCCGAGCUUGAGGAGCACCAGGUGUUUACGACGGUGCAGCUGCUAGACGAAGUGAACGAGACGGCCGUGUCCGAGACGAUUGUGGCACUGCGGUGCAAGACGCGACCCGGGGCCAAGGGUGGAAAUGCACUUGCCCAGUAUUACUUUGACGGCGGUGUCGCGAGUCCCGCUCCGUCGUCGACCAGCGGCACGACCAAAAUUAGCAGCAGCACGACCUCGAGCGCCAAUAAUGCCAAUCGUCUCAGUUCGUUUCUGAACAAGUUCCCGUCGUCGCCCGCUGCAAAGCCGCCCAUGAGCCACAACCGGACGUCGUUGACUUUCAGUGUCGUGAGUAGUAAUCCGUCGCCACGGGAGGUCGAGGAGCCUGUGCCUGGUGAUGAAGAUCAUGCGGACUAUAGCAACAGUUACUGCAGCAGCAGUAAUAUGUCCCGUCUGCGCAUUCCGUCUAUUUUCAAAGGCCAGAACAGUGCCAAGGCGUUGAACGCAUCGACCACUUCCCGGAGCAGCGUCAUCAGCAACCCCUCGUCGACAGCGUCUACCAGUAACGAUGACACUCGCGAGUCACGCUCGCGCUCAUGGUCGAGCAAGCUAUCUGCCUUCUCGCGCAGUCAUUCGUCGUCACCUGGUGUUAAGACGCCGUCGUCUACAGGCGAUCUCGAGAGCAGCGGGACACCGCAGUCGUCGCCCCCCGUCUCGCCACACACCAGGAUUAGUAUUCCUAUUGCCUUUUCUGCUCCUGCUUCGGCGCCCUGCAAGUCAAUGUCGAGGCUAUCAGCAUUUCUUAGCAGUGUGGACACGUCGGUAUCUGUGACGCCUACCAAUGAUGUUCUUCCACAAGAUGAGAAGGCAUCGAAUUUUGCUUUCGAGACCGUGUCGAAGCCAGAUGGGGAAGUUGUACAGGAAAAGGGCGUAGAAGCCGCUGUUUGUGACGACAAUCAAGUAAAUCAAGAAGAAGAGGAACCGGCACGUAUUGAUGAUGAUGUGUCUGCUAUGGGGAAAAGCAAGGACAUGGAGGAUGAGACUGAGGGUAAGCCGCUGAAGAAGCCACCGUUGAGCGGGAAGCUGAUUGCAUUCUUGCAAGCUGUUGAACCUGAAAGUGCGAUUGUGUCGGAGAGAGAGGUUGUGGGAGAGAAAGAUAACGACAUUGUAGACGUGGAAGCUGAAAUGUCUACGAUAGUCGAUCACAAGACUCUUGUCUUUGAUACGAAGACUACGCUUGUCGAGGACGUGGUUGCUGAGACUGAGAGUGACGUAUCGAAUGAUGAAGCAUACGAGUGCCAAGCUAAUUCUGAAACAGAAGAGACAAGCACACAAGAGACAAUUAUAGAAGAGGCGCUUGUACACGAGACAACUUCACCACAUAAUGUCGCCAAACUUAGUGGUGAGGUGGCGGUGGAAGCUGAGAGACUCUAUGACGAGAUAGGUGAGGGGGAGAUGGAGGAAACUGUUGGAAAUGAAUCUGGAGAAAAGCUUAGGGACGCUGCUGACGUUGCACAAGUCCAGCCUGUGCCCAUUGAGCUUUUGCGCGAAAACGAGCGCCUUGCAACAGAGAAUGAAGCUCUUACUCAUCAGUUGAUUGCAGCUGAGGAUGCAGAAACGAAAAAAACCGAACAGCUACUAGCCUUGAGCCAGGAGAUUGAGUCUUUGAAGGCACGACUCGUGAAGGAACAAGCAAACUCGCAAGAAGCAGUUUUGACGGCAGCGAAGGUCCAGGAAGCGCUUGUCGCUGAGGCUCGCACUGAACUUGCAAAUUUACAGCAAACGUGUACAAAGUCAACGCCUACCGCUGAGGAGGCAAAUGAUACGUCAGCUCAGAUGAUGGAACUGAUAGCCCAAAACAAGAGCUUGACGGCUGAAAUAACGAGCUUGCGCGAGGACGUACAGACGUUGGAACAAUCUGUUCAGCUAGCGCGUGACAGCGAAGAUGCAGCGAGAUACGCUGCACAAGUGGCAUUUGCGGCACGUGACUCUGCGGACGAGGUGAACCAACAACUGAAGGAUCAAAUUGCGCAGCUUGAAAAAUUGUAG